AUGGCAGCCAAUGACAGCAUUCUCAAUUCAGCUUACCUGGCUGUUGAAUACAUAGACACUUUUCUACCUGAAAACCCUCUUCAACGGCCUUUCAGAUAUGCUUGGACUUACAUGCUGGACAACUACACCAAGUUUCAGAUAGCUACAUGGGGAUCACUCAUCGUUCAUGAGCUCAUAUAUUUCGUGCUCUGCCUUCCUGGUUUUAUUUUUCAGUUUAUACCUUUCAUGCAAAGGUUCAAAAUACAACAGGUUUGUCACACUCUUCACAUUUUAUACAUAAGUUUCACAGUAUCUAAAUAUGACACAGUAUUUCUUACAUUCUUCCUCUUCUUAAUAUCACAUUGAAUAACUUGCCUGGAAAUAUAAUCUAUUAUAAUCUCUCUUUCCAUAUCGAUGGGUAAUGGCUCACAAAGUGAACACAUUGAAACAAUAGUAUGUGUUUGUGGUUGUUUAUCAGUACCUGUAACUAUUGAAUUUUAAUAAGGAUAUAUCCCAUUAUAUCUCAUUACUGAAACAAAGGCUACCUUCAAUCACUUUAGGUUGGCAUUGUAGGAAUCUUCUUAUUUUAUAGAUACAUUUUGCACGCAUGUUGGAAAAUCCUUCUGAUGUCAGUCUUCUCGCAGGAUCUUCCAUAAACCAUGCAUAUGUUGCAGUAAUGCGAGGCCAGGAAACACAUACGAGACUGGACACAUGUUUUCUUAGGAAGCAAUCAAUCAUUUAUUUUGUAACCGGCUACUGUUUCAGCCAGACUCAUGUCUGCAAAGGGCUGAACCCUGAAUCACAAGUCAACAUAGAUGAUGCAGUUCAUACGUAAGCGAGAUAUGCAAGGGUUACUCCAUUACUGCGGCAAUUAAUAACCAAUUAGCAAGCGUUUGACUAUUACUUUAUUAAUUUCCUACUUUACUGUGUAUGAACAUUCUUAUCAUUCCUGUACAUGGGUCUUGGCCCUGAUCAUGUAUAGCUCUUGCCCCAUAUAUGGUCAUAUGGCUCUGAAGCAUUUCCGAGAUCAUCUACCACAUUCCCCCCUUUGAUGCUUCAGAACCUGGAUACAGGUGACUGACAAGCAUCAUAACACAAUGAGUCCUGUAGGGCUCAUAACAGGCUAGAACAGAUUGGGCUAUAUAGUGUCUUUCCAUUGACCCAUCAUUAGUGCCCUUUAUUCCCUUAGGAACUGUUCAUAUACAGGGGAUCCUAGUUUGUCACCCUCCCUGAGGGGGAUUAGGAAAAAGAAAGGUUUCAGAGUUCCCAGUACACAGACUCCAGACCAAUCCCUGGGGAGUUCAGAGUAGUCCUUAAGGCCACAGAUCCAAUACAUAUUAUUGGGAGCUUUCCAGGUGGACCUUGCAGACUGAUUGGUCCAUACAUCCUUCAGAUGGGAGUAGUUCCUGAAGGGGCUGGGGAUUGGUUCAGGGACAUUGGCUGCGGACCACCAGGAGGUGGUCCCAUCAAAGGACUUGUAUGCUUGUUGCUCUAAACACGUGAGAGUACCUACAAAAGUCUUAAAUUCUGGACCAAAUCUGCCUAUGCACACAUUCCCAAUUAUGGAGGUUUUUAGCAACCAUUCAGAUUUGGGACAGGGUAAUAAACCUCCCUCCUCACCACGCUGUAUUACCUGCAGGUCUAAAAGGAUUGAAAAACCUGGUGGGUUACUAUUUACGACUUCAGUUUUAAUAUUCAAAUGGGGUAUGGUUUUUAGGUCUGUACCAGAAGCAUAAAUUUGCAGUCCAUGGAAGCUGCCCCACUUGUGCAGGAAUACCAGGGGAUUAAACAGUAUCAGGUUCAAGAAGCUGCAGGUGCCAGAAACACAGUUAGUUGCAGUUGGCAUUUUCUGCAGGCUCGCAGUCAGAGUACCUGAUUUAUAUGUAGCCCACCCCACGCCACAUUGGUGCAGUUAUACCUAGGCCAUGUGUUUGAAUUAAUAACUGCGCAUGCAUCAAAAUAGAUUGAGGCGAGCUUUUCUCCAUUUAGUAGCAAUGUUCUGUUUAUAAUGCGGCCUCCUGAGUGGAAGCUACGGGCUACUAACCAGACCCUGCAGGGAGCAAACGUAAGAUCAAAACAGAUUGGGCCUUAUGGCAAGUUACAGACAGAGUAGGUAGUACCUUGGUAUAUGCAGGUGGAAAUAUCUCUAGUAGUACAAUCAAAAAUGGGAAUGCCAAAUUAAGGUUUUGUUAACAUGAUGCCCAGUUCUGGUGGUGUAAAUAGACUGUGUGCAAGGGGUAGAAAGGCAAGGGUGACAGAAGAUUGUCAACAUUAACAUAAGAGGAGGAGAUGAUCCUGAAGAAGCUUCGACCGUGCAUCGGCACCUCAGCUUCCGGAUGUGAGGGCUGCAGGGUAGGGAGUACUUCUGAUUCUGUUCGGCUUCACAAGGUCUCCUUUGGGGGCCUCAGCUUUCCAUCAAUGGCAGGUGGUCAGGCAUUAUUAUAUAUAAAUAAUAAAAUAAUAAUAAUAAUAAUAAUAAUUAUGGCCAUCAAAACACCUACUUGUAAUUUUCUCCAGCAGAUAUUGUCGCUCUCUUGAAGCGGAGUUUCAAAGGUUUUUCAGGAUCAGCAGCAGUUACUUCCCAUGGAACAGAGGCAGGCUUAAUUCUGGAGUGGUGGAUCCACAGAGUGAUUUCAGCAACUUUUACUGUGUAUUACUUGUUGGCGUGUGAUCUCGCUUCCUAUUUGGUGGAGGUCCCCUUUAAGACCUAGGACAAUCGGUCGUGGUCAACUGUACAUGAUUUUGACAGUGGAAAGGUUAGUGAGCUUUGUGGGGCCACUCCUGAUUCAGAACUGGGCAAUGGGGAGCAAUGCAUCCCAAUUCAGGUUGGUUUCUUGGCACAUAUUAGCCAGGUGUAGCUUCCAUGUUUGGGUCAUUCGCUCAACUUUUCCUGACCUUUGAGGUCGUGUGCAGUUUCCACUUAAGACUGGGGCUAGUGGCUACCUCUUGCAGGCACUUAUUCACAAAGGCUGGGCCAUUAUCAGAUCCCACUGAUGUGGGUAUCCCGUUCCUUGGGAUGAUUUUAGAGAGCAAGAAUUGGACCACUUCUUUCUGUCCUGGUAGGCUGUGCUUCCACCCAGCCAGAGUAGGAACACACAAUAUCAAGAACGUAGUGAAAUGCACCGGAUUUCGUCAUGACCGUAAAAUCAACUUGUAGAUCAGACAUAGGUAGUGUUCCAACAGUUUGAAUUCCCGGUGGCUGACCUGGUCCUUGUUGGGAAUUAUUUUUGGCACAUUCCAUGUACCAAAUGGCUACUGCCUGUGUUACAGUAGACAGCCCUGGUAGGUAGAAGAAACGGUUAAUUGUGGCCUCCAUGGAUGAUUUCCCUGCGUGGGUGGACUUAUGGAGAGCCCUGACAAUAUUCACAGCUAAUGAUGUGGGGACAACAAUUCUUCCAAUUGGUAUCACUUGUUGUCCAGGUACUGGCCUGGCUCUGUUUCUAGCCAUUUUUGUUCGGCAGGGAUUUAAAGAGGGGACCAGUCAAUAAUGGGUACCGGGAACAACAGGGCAACAGUUGACUGAGGUACAGAGUCUUUCAUUGCUACAUGUUUUGCAGAAUCAUCAGCCAGCCUGUUUCCAAUAGUCACAUGGGUGUCGGCCUUCUGGUGGACUCGACAGUGGAUAAUGCUAACUUGGGCCAGACCACUUCAAGUAGUGCCAAAAUUUCGGAUGAAUGCUUGAUGUCCUUUCCUCCAGAGCUGAGUAUGCCACGUUCCUUGUACAGGACCCCAUGGGCAUGAGUUGUAAAGAAUGUAUACUUUGAGUCAGUGUAGAUGUUGACACGUAGGCCCGCGGCCAGUUGCAGGGCCCUGGUCAGGGCUAUUAGUUCAGCCUUUUGUGCAGGGGUACCCUUUGAAAGGGGUCUUCAAUGACAGAACUGACGGUAGUGACUGCAUAUCCUGCAUAUUUGAUCCCUUCUUUAACAAAACUGCUGCUGUCAGUGAAGUAUUCGGCAUCUGUUUUUUUCUGGGGGUAGUCUCGGCGGUCAGUUCUACUGGAGAAGAUUUCAUCCAUGAUUUCCAUACAGUCAUGUUGGGUCUGGUCAGGUUCUGGGAGUAAAGUGGCUGGGUUCAGUGAGUUGACAGUUUCAAGGUAGAUCCUUGGGUUCUCACAUAGCGUGGCUUGGUACUUUGUCAUUCUACUAUUACUAAACCAGUGGUUGCCCUUGUAGUCAAGGCGGGUUUGGCCGUCAUGUGGAACAAGGACAUAGAGUUCUUGUUCUAGGGUCAAUUUAUCAGCUUCUGGAAUGAGGAGAGCGGCCGCAGCCACUGCUCUCACACAAGGGGGUAGGCCUUGGGCCACUGGAUGCAUUUGUUUCGACAGAUAGGCAACAGGAUGCUGCCAUGAGCCCACGUUCUGUGUGAGGACGCCUACUGCAGACUUCCUUUUCUCCUGGAAAUACAGGUAAAACACUCUCUGGUGGUCUGAGAGUCCCAGUGCAGGGGAUUGGACUAAGGCCUCCUUCAGAGCCCUGAAGGCCUGUUGUUGUUCUUGGUCCCUGAGGAAUGGGUCAUGUUCAGGGCCUUUGCAUUGAUAGUGAAAUUGACUGGUGGGUGUGGGGAUGCGGCACACAGCUUCUUUGCGUUCUGGGCCUAGAUUAUGGCUUCCCUCAGAGAUAUGGGAACCUAAGUACUUGACUGCUGUGCAGCAUAUUUGGGCUUUUCUUCUGGACACCUUGUAUCCUGCUUCCCACAAAAUCCGCAGCAGUUGUUUGGUAGCUUGUAGACACUUGUCUCUGGAGGUAGCAUCCACAUAUUGCAGGAGGACACAGUGGCCUGUCUUAGACGUGAAAUCCUUCAGAUCUUAACUGAGUGCUUCUCAAAACAGGGUGGGGGUGUUUUUGAAACCCUGAGGGAGCCUGGUCCAAGUAGGUUGUCUCUUAAUUCCGGAAGGCAAAUAUACGUGGACUCUCUUCUGCCACUCUCAUGCAGAAGAAAGCAUCCUUGAGAUCAAGAACUGUGUAGUUGAACGCACCGCCAGGGAUUAAGGCAAGCAGAUUGUAUGGAUUAGGGACAACAGGGUGAAUAGUGACAAUAGCAUUGUUGACUGCUCUGAGGUCUUGAACAGGCCAGUACUCGAUAGUACCUGGUUUGUCUACGGGUAAUAGAGGGGUAUUCAAGGGUGAUUGGCAGAAUUUCUGGAUGGAUGAAUGGAUGAAUUUUUCUAGGAAUCUCUGAAUUCCCCUUACUGGUACUGUCUCUGGCUGGCUGGGAACACACCUGGUUUCAAUUCAGUUUGGACAGGAGGCCUGUUCAGGGCAAGACCAGGGGGGUUAUGUUUAGCCCAUAUACUUGGGGUGUCUAUGAUUCCUGGAGGUAGCGAGGGUUCGUCCAUGAUGACCUUAACAACAAAUAACAUCCAUUCUUCCUCUUUUGGGACAGAUACAGACAUGAUUCUGAGGUGAGGUCAAGAGCUGUGGUACCAUUGGGAAGAAAUAUGAUCUGAGUUUGGAGAGGACAUCUCUCCCCAGAAGUUGAAUGGGAUAGUCUGGCAUGUAUAGGAACAGGUGUUGGAUGAUGUGGCCUCCCAAAUUGCAUGUUCUCUCUUGCAGUAAUGGUCUGGUGGCAGGCUUACCGGUGGCCCCUACUAUAGUGACAGUCUGUCCAGAUGCAGGGCAAUGGGUUUAGACACAACAGAUGCUGGGCCCCAGUGUCAACCAUGAAGAGGCUUUUCUUUUUACCCAAUGGAUGAAGUACAGGUGGUGUGGUUAUAACAGAUGGGGUAUACCCAUGGGAUUUAGGAGGUGAAUCUGGGGCAGGCAGGUACUCCAGGGGCGGAGGAGCCAGGGGCAGGCCGGCCAGGUCGGGGUAUAUAUGGGGGACAGCAAUGCCCAAUGGAGCAGGGGGACGAGGUAGGCCAGCGGGCAACGCAGGUCUGUGAUAAAGGGGGUGUCCAUGUCUGGUUCAACUGGGUCAUCAAAUAUGGGCAUUGGGACAGAGGUAGGCCUAGGGGUAGAAGUGAGUCUGGCAAGCAUGAGAUGACUCGCCUCUUCAGAGCACGGUUUUAACCAGUCUGGGUGUUUCUCGACUACCUGUGAACCAGUUACUAUCAUAUGGACCUUUGUAAUUAAAUCUAGGUCCAGACUACCUUUUGGGGGGGCAAACCGGGGCAUUUGACGGGCCACUCCCAUUCACACAGAACAAUUAUAGUUGUAAUGGGUACAGUUUGACACCAUAGUCUGCUCUAUAACAAUUUUUAAAGAUACUGAUCAUAUCGUCCAGAGGCCUGGGUGAUUUAGAUCCCCCCCCUCCUCCCAUAAUGAAGGACAGAGAUACCAACAGAUAGACGAUACAAGCAGCUUCUUCUUAUCAGUGACUUGGCGCGGUCGCCUCGGCCAAGAAAUGCACCUAAACAGUGUCCUCACGCACUUUGUCACUAAUAGACGUCUCAAACAGAAACAAACAAGCACUCCAACACAACACCAACCCACCAAUACCAGAAUGUACAGACAGAGGAGAGUGAUUAGUUCUUCCUUCUCUCCAGAGGGAGAGGUCAGACUAUGAAAAGACCCUGUAGUCUUACCUAUAAUACGUCGAUGGGGGCGUCCCAGAACGGGGACCAGGAGUCAAGUAAUUCUCCUAUACAAACAAGUCUAGUGACGCCAUAAAAACAACAAGAAUUCAGGGAGCCCGUUCCGACACGAAGCCCAUGAGUCAAGGGUGUGAAAUAAAUCACAGUCUCAGACUGUUAUUAUAUUUCCCUGCCAAUGUACCAGAAAUGUUGCAGUAAUGCGAGGCCAGGAUACACUAGAGACUGGACACAGGUUUUCUCAGGAAGCAAUCAACCAUUUAUUUUGUAACAGCUACUGUUUCAGCCAGACUCAUGUCUGCAAAGGGCUGAACCCUGAAUCACAAGUUAAAGGACCACUACAGUGCCAGGAAAACAUACUCGUUUUCCUGGCACCAUAGUGCCCUGAGGGUGCCCCCACCCUCAGGGUCCCCCUCCUGCCGGGCUGGAUGGUGAGGAAAGGGGUUAAACUUACCUUUAUUCCAGCGCCGGGCGGGAGCUCUCCUCCUUCUCUCCGCCUCUGAUCCUUCUCCUGGGCUGAAUGCGCAUGCGCGGCAAGAGCUGCGUGCGCAUUCAGCCGGUCUCAUAGGAAAGCAUUCAUAAUGCUUUCCUAUGGACGUUUGCGUGUUCUCACUGUGAUUUUCACAGUGAGAAGCACGCAAGCGCCUCUAGCGGCUGUCAAUGAGACAGCCACUAGAGGAUUUGGAGGCUGGAUUAACCCAUUUAUAAACAUAGCAGUUUCUCUGAAACUGCUAUGUUUAUUUAAAAAAUGGGUUAACCCUAGAUGGACCUGGCACCCAGACCACUUCAUUAAGCUGAAGUGGUCUGGGUGCCUAGAGUGGUCCUUUAACAACACAUAUAUCAUAGAUGAUGCAGUUCAUACGUAAGCGAGAUAUGCAAGGGUUACUCCCAUACUGCGGCAAUUAAUAACCAAUUAGCAAGCGUUUAACUAUUACUUUAUUCAUUUCCUACUUUACUGCGUAUGAACAUUCUUAGCAUUCCCAUACAUGGGUCCUGGCCCUGAUCAUGUAUAGCUCUUGCCCCAUAUAUGGUCAUAUGGCUCUAAGGCAUUUCUGAGAUUGUCUACCACACAUAUACUUUACUACAGUAAAGCUACUAGGUGUAGUAGAGAGAUGGUAAUAUUUUCUCGAUGAACCUGUGAGGUGAAACGCGCGUCAGGGGAAACAUCACUGGCGCUAUCCACCAGUCACUUUACUAAGAGUGACCUGUCACUGCACUAAGAGUGACCUCUUUACUUACCAUACCAAUUAGAACUUUCUAUCGGCAUCGGCUCGGCCUUUACCCAGCAGCAUUUGAAGCAGCCUACAAAGUCUAGGCAUUUCCAGCACACUUCUUUCAUUGUAGCAGUAUUGGUGGGAAUUUUCUGUUUUUAUUUCCAUAGGAGAGUGUAGGCUUUUGGCUAAGGGGGUGCCCUUGAAGGCACAAGUACUUAGGGACCACAAGCAUAGGAGGAUUCCUAGUAUUUUUGUAGUUAAACCCCUGUCUACCCAUAGCUUGUUGGUUAUUUAGCCAGUUACUGCAGAAUAUACCAGGCAAUAUAUUUGCAGUCUGCACCUCCUAGUUACUAUACUGCAGAUACUCCUGCCUGCAUAUACCAUAACACUAGGAUUUCCAGUGUUUUGGUAGUUAACCACUCUCUACCCAUAGCUUGUGGGUUAUGAAGCCAGUUCCUGCAGAAUCUACCAGGCAACAUCUUUCAGUUUGUACCUCCUAGAUACUAUACUGCAGGUACUCCCGCCUGCACAUACCAUAACACUAGGAUUUCCAGUGUUUUUGUAGUUUUACUGCAGAAUAUACCAGGCAACAUCUUUGCAGUCUGCACCUCCUAGUUACUGUACUGCAGAUACUCCUGCCUGCACAUACCAUAACACUAGGAUUUCCAGUGUUUGUAGUUAACCCCUCUCUUCCCAUAGCCUGUUGGUCAUUAAGCCAGUUCCUGCAGAAUCUACCAGGCAACAUUUUGCAGUUUGUACCUCCUAGUUACCAUACUGCAGAUACUCCCGCCAGCACAUACCUCUAGAUGCUUUUUCUCACGGUCUUUAACACAGAACCCUGUCAUAAUUUCUGAGAUGCUCUUUUCUGCAGUAAACUGGCACUCUCAAGCUUGUUUUGGAGUCCAGACAUUGCAGUUUCGGUAAACAUUAUCAGCUUUGUUAACAGCUUCAGUGCAGCUCACUGGGACUUGGCUAUUUUUCCUUGAGCCUGGGUACUGGUAUAUCGAUACAUUAUUGAUACUACUAAUUUGUAGCUGUUGUUCCCACAGUGGUAUUUCACUCUGUUAACAGGCAGUGUUACUGUAUCACUUGAGGAUUUCUUACAACAGUUAUUUGAACUAAACUUUGUUUGUAUACCCCCCCUUUUAACUAUUUACAUUAAAAGUGAAGUUUUAAUUCUCUUUCCUCUUUUGUGAUCUCCCCAAGCCCAACCUGUCCUAAGGUCACCCCUCUAUAACGAGGCAACUACCACUCUGCAGGACACUCUUCCAUUUAUCCUGUCCCUUCUCCUGUCUCCUUUCCUUAUUGUUUUAUUUUAUAGAUUAACAGUUCCGCAUGUUUACUCCCUCCUUUUAUCCUUACAGGUUCCAGUAUUAAGCAUGUCUGUAAACUGUGCUUGAUUAUUAGCAUUUAUUUAUAUAGCUCCAACAGUCUAUAGUGAACUUAAUACUUAUUUUACUACUUAAUGGUUAUUUCAAACUAACAGAGUUACUUACUAAAGUGAGAAUUGCUAAAAUACCAAACUGAAAACAGAGUUGACUUGGAGAAAUUGUCUAAUUUAGGUUUAUUGGCUUAAAUUAUGAAAUUCUGUUUGAAUUCUCAAUAAUUCCCAUUUUCGUGAAUAACCCUGUAAAUAUGACUGGUGUAGAAAAGAAAAUCUAGUAGAGAGUAAUUUGCAUAUCAAUAUUGCAAACCAGUAACCAACCUCAUGCUGAAGAGUUGCAUUAACAACGAAACAGCUUUCCAUGAGUGGUUCGCUGGUUUUGCAUCUUUUCCUAAAUUGUGUUCCAAGCAGUUGUAUACUGCAAACACAGAUUAAAAGGAAUCCAUGUUUAAAAUGGAAUGAGGCAAAAAUGUGAUUCUUUGUUAAACUAAUUUGCAUAUGCCCACCACGAAUCCUUUGCGGUUGUAACAUCACUGCAGAUUUGGGAUUUCUGUGGGAAAAGCAAGUCUUAUGGUUUGACUGGUGUGCAGAUUUUUGUUUAACAUUGUAUUAGCUAUCCACAGACUUCAGGUGGAAUGGGUUUUCAAUCACAAUUUUUCGCCAUCAUAACCUAUUUGGAUUUUGCUUAUAAACAGCACAAAUUUAUAAGUGUGACAUUUAAAUUAGAAGUAAUUAAAAUAAAUCAGAAAAUGUGUGAUUAAGGUAUAUUUUUGUGUACAUAAAUUGUGUUGGCAAAAAUGGCUGUAGUAAUUUUCAUGCUAGCAGUGCUCUGGCAUAACACCAUGGUAAGUUGUCAAACUGUUUUAACAUGGCUUUACAAUUUACCUGCGCCCCUCCAGUUCCGUGCUUUCGAUCUGCUGCAUCUGGUAUUCUUGAGCUGAUGGAAGACUGCCCUCAUUAGCCGAGAACUCUAAGCAAAUGAUUGCAGUCCUUCUUUGCUCUGAGCAGUUAACAAUUUGCUUAUCUUCAUGGAAAAUAACAAGUAAAGCACAGGAGCCUUGCGGACACCAGGUAAGUGUCAAACUAUACAAAAAUAGUUUGACUUCUUUCCAUGGGACUGCACCAGGGCAUUUCUGGCACCAUAAACACUACAUUAAGAUGUAGUGGUUGCAAUGGUUGGGAUAUUCCUGUUUUCAGUUUAAGUCUAAAUCUCUAGACUAGUAUUUAAAAUAUUGUCACAUUCAAAUACUCUAUUGUGUAUGCUGCUAAUUAGGAGACUAUCAAGCAUUAGUGCUGUAUGCUAGAUGCUGAUUACACAAUCCGCUCAAACUGGUUAUCAACAUAAUUUGUUUAACCUACUUAUUUGAAAUAGUAAAAUGAUUGUGUAGCUGUAGUGUCAUACUAUAAACUUAAAUUAUAUAGUUAUAAACAACAUAUUUACACAUUUUUAAAACUACAUAUAGAAUAUAUAAUAUACUUUUCAUAUUUUACCCCGCUAUAAAAACAUUAUUUCUCUAAUUGCAGGAUAAACCUGAGACAUGGGAGAGUCAGUGGAGGUGCUUCAAGGUGCUUCUUUUCAACCAUUUUUGCAUCCAGCUUCCUCUGAUAUGUGGAACAUACUAUUUUACAGAAUUCUUCAAUAUUCCCUAUGACUGGGACACCAUGCCUCGUUGGUAAGUAGUAAAAUAUUUUGUUUUCAAAUCUCUACCAAUACCAAAUAUGUAUAAUUUUUUCAGUUUAGGUAUGAUUUACAGCCAAUCCUUAAAGAGAAUACAUAAAGUCCAAAGUACUCUCAAUUUAUCAGGAGAGAGAAAGUAGUCUGAUAUGUGUCUUUAACCCCACAAAGACCAAAAAACUUUUUUUUCCAUCUUGGCAGUCCAUUCCCUGGAGACUUUAUACAGUUUGUUUAUACAGAAUGUCCUGCUGAUUUAGUACUGAUGACGCUAUACAUCCUUCUUUUGACAUGUGGGGCAUUCCAUUUUGGAAUAGGACAUUUCAGACCGUAUUGUUAUGACUGUGGUUAUUACUUUUUAACUAUCUCAAUCCUCUUUGUUUAGGUACAUGCUCGGUGCGCAAUGCUUUGGUUGUGCAGUUAUUGAAGAUACGUGGCACUAUUUCCUUCAUCGAAUCUUGCACCACAAGAGGAUCUACAAAUACAUCCACAAAGUACACCACGAGUUCACGGUACAUAAAAACACGUGUGAUUACUGCAAACAGCAGAUAGCAGCAAUAGUGUUAGCAAUGUUCGUUAUGUGUCCUCAUUUUCUGACUUAAAUCUCCUUUCUAUUGUUGGAGUACUACUAGAUAUGUGCUUUCCUGUAGUAAUAUCCCAAUUACAUUAUAUUACCAUUGUAAUUUCAUCUCAAUGGAAACAUCUUUCAUUAAUGGUUUAGAUAUUUUACGAAGGUUCUCUCUGCCCCUUGAGGCUGUCUCACUGAAGCCUCGGACAUUGCUGGAAACCAGACGGCUGAGUGUAUAGUCAAAGUUUUUACAACUCUGGGGUUAAACCAAUCAUAAAGCGCUUAACCCCUUAAACUAAGAUGACACUAUAAGUGCAUCAUUGGGUUGAAGUUGCUAUGGUGCCCAAAGUGCUCCAUUAAGCUUCCUUUUAAAUCUUUAUAAAUAAAAUAAAUUUUUAUCUAAAUGGUACAGUAUAUGAUUAUUCUGCAUGCACUUUUCCUUAAAGGGUUAUUCCAAGCACAUUGAUGACUUCACUGAAUUGAAGUAGUCAUGGUGUCUAGAUUCUGUUUGUGCAGUGUUUUGUUACGAAACAACUCGUCAUUAGCCAGCUUGGAACAAGAAUUCCUGAUGGCUAAUAUGAAUCCUGUGCUAUUUUGGCAUCUGACACCAGCACACACAGAAUGCUGGUGCCAGACAGCCAAUGGCAGCACUCCCCCUUAAUGCCAUCCAUGUUCCAUGACCUUCCCCCAGUCUGACCACCCACCCUCUCCAGUGAGGUGGAGUGAUAUCAGCAGAACAUCAGUGCUGGAGCACAAGUUUGUUUUUAAGUUUUAUCUUUCUUCUUUUUUGGGGGAGGGACAGCAGUGUUAGAGUAGGGUUACUCUAACCGAAACUAGUCUUUUAUGAAAAAACUGUUUUUGUUUGUUUAUUUAAUAACUCAUUAAAAGGUUAAUUAGUUUUAGCAAUGCAUUGUGAGAAUGAAACACUAAAAUAGUGAAGAUAAAAAAAUACCCAGUUCAGCUCUAUUUCCAACCUGGUUAUUUUAGGCAUAAUGUUGACAAAUCUCAUUUGAUCAAUUCACAUUAAAUUAGUUUGAUGAAUUUACCAUUUGAAUAGAUUUACUUAUUCACGAAUCCAGGAUUGUUUUGGAGAGUUAGCCAAGACAGAUACACAUUUUCAAAGAAAUACUUUGUAAAACCUGGCUGUUUGUUAAAAUGAUCAGUUCCUGACAAUUUUAAUUUUGUGAAUAAUCUUCUGUGGAGGAAUUACAUUUAAGGUUUGUUUACACAAGCGUACAUUUUGGUGAAUUUAAUAAGCCGUUUUGGGCAAAACAGUUAUGUUGGUAAGAAAAAUGGCUGGAUAAGAUGAUGCACACACAAUGAAGAAUGUUAUAAAAGAGGUGGGAAAGGAAGACUAGGAGAUUGAGUCAGAUGGGGCUUUAGUGACUAAGAUAAACAUACACAGAUGAGCACUACAGAGAAAGAAUAGGGUAGCAAUAAUGUGGAACCAGAGGUAAGACUGUACAUCUGCAUUUCACUUCAAAGCAGCUAACAGUGGUAGGUGAGUUUCUAUAAAAAGAAAGUGCUUUAAUUGAAGAUAUAUCUAAGGAAUAAUUAAGGAGUUUUAUCAAAGUGGUCUGUUCUCUAAAGUGGUCUAAGGUACUAAAAGUGGGACAGUCUGCAUGGAAAUUAGUGGAACCAUUAGUGACUCCUGCCAUUUUACAGUUUUACACCACUUUUUAGAAUGGAGUAUUUUGAUGAAUCUCCUCACGUGUUCUGAGUGUAAAGUAUAAGUACCAGUAACACCUGAAACAAGUUAAGUCUUAAUGUAUUUUCUGUGUUUCUUUCAGUCUCCUUUUGGAAUGCAAGCAGAGUAUGCACAUCCCCUGGAAACACUGAUACUUGGUACAGGGUUCUUUAUUGGGAUCAUGGUGUUCUGCAAUCACGUCAUUCUGCUGUGGGCAUGGGUGAUGUUCAGAUUGAUGGAAACAAUAGAUGUUCACAGGUAAGGUUCCAAGAGCCAGCACAAUUCAAACACAGCCUUGGCCAAUCACCAUCUCCUCAUUGAGAUGAAUUGAAUCAGUGAAUCUAUAUGAGGAAAGUUCAGUGUCUGCAUGCAGAGGGAGGAGAUACUGAAUGUUUGGAUGCAUUUUAGGCAGCCAUGAACCAGGAAGGAUCUCUAACUGCUAUCUGAGGAGUGGCCAGUGAAGUUAUCACUAGGCUGUAAUGUAAACACUGCAUUUUCUCUGAAAAGACAGUGUUUACAGCAAAAAGCCUGAAGGUAAUGAUUCUACUAACCAAUAAACUGUAGUUGUUCUGGUGACUAUAGUGUCCCUUUAAGGUCAAAAUAGCUGAACUGCAAAAAUGACCAACGUCAACUAUGCUUCCAGUUCAGCUACGUUGGUCUCAAAUUUAAAAUCCGCUUUGAAUUAACUUAAAAUUUUCACUUUAAUGAAUAACCAUGUAUUAUUUUUAUAUCUGCUAAGUAGGGAUAAUUUGUAUGCUCUUUAGAUGAAGAGAGAACUUUUGUAACACUUAAUUUUAUUGCAUUUGCAAAUAUAGGCAGAAUGCAUCAUCUGUUUCUAGGGUGCGAUGUAGCACUGUUCGCUAUUUAUUAAUAAAAAAUCAGAUCAAUGUCUUCAGAAUUUUUGGAAAUCAUAAAUUCUUCAUAAGUGCUAAUGUGUUCUUAUAAACAUAUGCUGUAGAUAGGUGCGUUGAAAAGAAGUAACCAUAUAUUCUUUAUUUCAAUAUUAAAUAUAUAUUUUGUGUGUUCUUUUUGUAGUGGAUAUGACAUCCCUCUGAAUCCCCUACACCUGGUUCCCUUCUACGCAGGAGUACGCUUUCAUGAUUUUCAUCACAUGAACUUUGUUGGUAACUACGCCUCAACUUUUACAUGGUGGGACAAGCUCUUCAACACAGAUUCCCAGUACAAUGCCUACCAUAACAAACUCAAAUCACAAGAAAGAAAGAAAACUAAAUAA